GAGGGACCCAUCCCCUUCUCUUCCAGCAAGGCCAGCCCGCGGGUGUGGAGCGUCAGCCAGUCUAUGGGGAGUGAUUACCAGAGGCCGUGGGCGAAGGCUUUCCUCUGUAAAGAUACAAAACUUCUGUGCGAUUGAAGCCCUUCAUUAAGAAUCAAACGCAUCCCCACAACAGGGCAGCAGGGGGUAACUCCGAGUAACGGAGCAUAGGGCUAGCAAGCACUGCUUUCUCAAAGGCAGUAAAGCGUCCUGUUUUUGCGCGUGCGAUGCGCGUCGUCGUAGACCUAUACGAAGGCGUGAUGGAACUUUUAACUACAGUCCCGAUGUUUAUUGUACAAAAUAUGAUGAGACUACAGGAAUCUGCCCAGAUGGAGAUGAGUAAGUGAUUUCUUUCAGUCCCUAGGACUUUAUAGUAUUAAUGGCUUUACAGAACGAUGUUAAUUUUUUCUUACAAAAAUGAUUGAUAGGAUCCUGCAGUUUGACUGAGAGAACUUUUUGUGAGUGAUUUGUGAGUUUUUGGUAUGUAUGCUUUUAUGUAAGCACGUGCUCUUUAGGCUGUCAUGGAGUUAGAGCUAUCUUAUUGUUUUGUAACCUUUUUGAAAGCAGAAUGUAAGAAGUUUAUUUUCUCCUAGUAUUGUUCCUGUUGUCCCUGAACAUUUUUUGGCUACUGUGUUGUGUUUUUUCUCCUGACAGUUUUGAAAUUGUAUGUGCAAACUGCGUUGUGUAGGGACUGAUGGACUGUAAAGGAGAAGGACUGUUUUGUGAUGGCUCUGCAGAGAGGGAAAAAGGAAGUUUUUCACACAGAAGGUGUUGAUGCACUGGAACAGGUUGCCCAAGGAGGUUGUGGAUGCCCCAUCUUUGGAGGCAUUCAAGGCCAGGCUGGAUGUGGUUCUGGGCAGCCUGGUCUGAGUUGACCAUUAGGGUUUGCUUUUCCAUGGACGCAUGUUCUAUUCUGGAUAAAGGCCACAGGAGUCAUGGGGAGGGGGUGAAGCUUUGCAGAGAUAAGAGUGAGCAAAUAGGCAGGCAUGGCAGGCAGGCAUGUCUAGAGGAGCUGGGUAUAUUGUGGUCGUAUAACAUAGAGGAACUAGCUUCAUCUGCAAUGAUGGAAGCAAGGAAAGACUUCUGACAGGAAAAAAAAAUCAAAACAGAGAAACAGACGGGAAAUAGAGAGUUAUGCUGCUCACGUGUUUUAACAUGUGAAGACAGUUAAUUUGGUUAUUGCAGUGUUUAGCAGCUCUCAUCAUGGAUCAGAUAUCUUUUGUGUUCCAGGCUGUAGUCACAGAAGAAAAAAAGGUGGAAUUUUUCCCCAGGAAUUACAAACUAAACAACAGGUGACAAGUGAAAGUAAACAACAAAGAAGUAAUAGGCAGCAUGACAGUAUUUAGAACUGUGCCCAAGUAAAACAAAAAGCAAAAAAUGUCUUUGGGGAUGAUUUAAAAGAGAACAGUUACGUACCUGUUCAGGUGUGAGCAUGAACAUGAGCAGUUCUCAUUUGAAUAUCAACAAGAGGAUAAUGGACGCUCAUGUCAUUUUGUUGACUGGGGACAAAAAUUAACUUUUCAUUAUUGAACGAUAGAUAGUGGUACUAAAGGAAGAAAAAGAAAGCAGAAUGUUAGCUGAGCAAGAUUGCACUGGGAGAAGCAAAUAAGGGGAUGCUUCAAAGAGCUGAGAAGUGAGAUGAAAGCUCAUGCAAUCUUUUGCUGUAGUUGUAGAUGGUAUAAAUAUUAAAUCUUAGGCCAAAGAAAACAUAAGACUCCUGAGAGAGCUCAUAUUUCUUUAUCAGCUUGUUUUUGGAAUCUGUUUUGCCUUUACGUGGGAAAAAUUGUGACUUGAGUAUUUCUCCCUCUCACUGUGCAUGCAAGGAGCUGUAUUUUGUCUGACAAAAUAUCUGAAUUCCUUAAUUGUUUUUAAGCAGUCAUUUGAAUGUAAUUGGAGGCUUUAACAUUUUAUGAGACAUCUUCUGAUUGGUAAUUUCUCUAGGGAAAAAGCCCAGAUAUCAAAGCAAAAAUGCUUGCCAUCCACUGAGGGGCCACUGACACAGAGAUGAGCAGUGAGUUGUGAACCCGUACGCUUCAGGCUGGGAGACAUUUACUUCUUGUUUUCAACAGGAACCAGCAAAAUUAAACAGAUGAAUAUGGAGGAGUGAGCAUUAAGCAUAAGACUGAGACAAUAUUCUCACCUGUGUGGUGUGCGUAUGUUGUGAUUUGUAAUGAACAAUCUGCUAGUAUGUUUUCCCACUUAACUCCUGCACAAAUUCUGCUAGUGGUGGGACAGCUAGCAGUAGUAACAUGACUUCAGAUUGCAAUUUCAUUUGUUUCAAGUUCAGUACAAGACUAGAGUCUGUCUGAUACUUCUGCCAGCCCAAAGGGGUUUCUCAUUUUUCUGUAUCAGUAGCAAUUGUAGCAGAAUGGGAAGGCUGCACAGUGCUGACCAUAGACCACGAAGCAUUUCUUAUGAAGUUCAGCUGAGUCACCAAAAUGCUCCAACAAAAAUUGCAUCCCAUCUGUCUUUCCACACAGAACCAGGAAGUGUGAAUGAACUACUUCCAGAUCUUGAUUGUUGGUUGUGUUUUGUCUUACACUGGAAGAAUGAGGUGUAGCACUGAAUUUGGUGUACUUAGUCUUCUCACUAAUUAAUUCUGGUGGGAUUUAAAGUGGUGUAAGUGAACUCACUGGCUGCAACCCAUUUGUAACAGCAGCAGGACCAAUGCAUUGAGAAGAUGUCACCAAGAGAGGAAUGUUCUCUGGUCUCUAAAGAUAUAGGCUGAUGGAAAAACCCCACAAAGGAGGGAUCUCCAGCAAGAGAUUCUUCUGUGGGGGCAGUCAGCCCUUAAUUGAGGCCUUCAGGUCUUCCAAUUGCACAGGUUGAAUUGCUUCCACCUGUGCUCCCAGGGCUGACUGGGUCUCUUCUUCCAGAUGCUCAAUCAGUAGUUCAGGCUGUAACUUAGAAGUUCCCAUACACCAUUUAUCUUGAUUGAGUGUUUUAAAAUUUCUAAAAGAAACAAACUUGCAUCUUAGAAAUCAUAAGAAGCAUCAAUUCUUGGAAAUCAGUUCAAGCUACAGGUAUCUUAGCAGGAUAGACAAAAAUUGUUGUUUCGAUUUUAGUAUAUAAAUAGAGUUGUAAAUUUUGCAAGUAAAUUGCUUAAUCUGUUUUCUAAAUAGUCUUCUUAGAACAUAGCAAAGCUUAGGCUAACGUCAGUCCUUAUGAAUGCUAAACUCUGCUUAGUACUUUGUCAUUCUCCCUCUGUCUACAAGAACGUAUUUCUGUGGGGUUUUCCAUUUGUUGUUCUGUACCACACCCCAAGUUUUUUCAUGUAGUUUCUUUUUACUUUAGGAUGGGAGAAAGUAAUUUUUGGAGAGAAAUAUUUUUUCAAACCCAGCAGUGACCGAAAUGAAUUACACUGAAGUAAACUUGGGGAGAACAGACACAUCUGCAUAUGUGUUUUUUUCCCCAUUUGUUUACAACUGAUAGAAUUACAAUCCAUACAUGAUGUUAAUGACUUAGAAUACAGACCAGGCCUCACAGAGUUUCAAGUUGUGUCUUGAAAAUGGUAAGUAUACCUACAAAGAUUUAUUGCUGAUACAGGAAUUUUUCUCUUGCUUUUUGUAGAGAAGUCAAUUUAAGUUUGCUUUCAGGCAAUUUCAGUUUGCUGUUCAAGAGGUUCUGUGUCUAUAAGGAUCAGGCAGAACAAAACAUGAUAUCGCAAGUACCCCUUUAUUGUAGGUAACUGUAGCAUUUAAAAAACAAAAAGAAAAAAACAGUAAACAAUUUUCUUAUAGUGAGGAAGUGCCUUAAGCUUGUACCAAUAUGGACAAUGACAUUUCUCAGUUCAGGAGUUGCUUUCUUACAGGGUGUUUGCUGUAUUUGUUAAGAAUAUCUUUGUAAGCUAGCCUAGUAUGGACUCUUGUAAUUUUAGUGGAGACUAUGAAGUAGAUGAACACUUUUCAUUGUUAAGCUGACAUGUCAGAUUUGUUUGUGAAUCCUGCAAAGUUGUUUGUUACGAGUUAACGAGAGAGAGCAGAAUUCAGAGUUGAAUGUUUAAACAUAAAGCAAAGCCUAAACUUUCCUCUUUCUGUGAUAUAGUUGCCCUUACCUACAUCGAACAACAGGAGAUACAGAAAGGAAAUACCAUCUCAGAUAUUACAAGACUGGAACAUGCAUUCAUGAAACAGAUGCCCGGGGUCACUGCGUGAAGAAUGGGAUUCACUGUGCCUUUGCUCAUGGGCCGCAUGACCUUAGACCUCCAGUAUAUGACAUCAGGUAGUCUGUAUUUCCAAUUCUGCAGCCUGUUCAGCAGGAAAAGCCAUGUCUGUUACAGCUGCACACCGGGCAGUGUAGCGUGCUUUGCGUGAAAAACGUGAUUUCAUCUGUAGCUACAGAACAUAAGAAUGCAUUUUACUGUGCAUCAAGAUAGCAGGUGUGAGCAUGCUAGGAAAUGCAAAUGUUAACAUUUUGGAACUUGCUGUUUGAAGAGCCAUAUAUGUAAUUCUUAGCACUAAUGAAAGACCAGUUGUUCUAUCCUUUGCCAUGUAUGCCUUGUAAAUUUGUAUGUGAUUUUUACGUUUAUAAAUUUAUAACUGUUACGCCAUUUUUCGGGUUCUGAGCUUAUUUUUGGCAUUUUGCUUUCUGCCAUUCUUGUUUUUUUCUUUUCAUGUAUAUAAUAUCAGUAUUAUUUUCUACCUCUCUAACACUUGAGCAAAUUACUGUCAAAAGAAGGUACUUGGUGAGUCAUGGUAGUGGCACAAAUGAGUUUUGGUUGUGGCCUAAACUGGGCUAUAAGCAUCUUCUGGCUGCAUACAGAGCUGAAGAUGCUCAUAAUGGGAGUCUGUAUUUUAACAGCUUGAACCUAAAUUAAGCUUUGUUGUUUGUGAAAAAUGGUCGUGUGCCAUUGCAUCUCCUGAUUUCAAAUAUCUAGCAUUCAUAAAGGAAGUCCAAACAAUGUUUAGUGAUAGUUUUGCUCUAGUAUGUCCACCAAUACUAGGGGGUUUUCAUUGUAAGAGUGAAGAAGUCAUAGUAGAGUCAUUGAUGUAGGUAUUAACUUUAUUUCACCUAAGAGCCUUGUUCUUCUCACCUCCACCUUUAAGAAAAAGCAUUCUUUGGGAACAAUAUCUGUUUUCCUUUCUGCACAUUCCUUGACUCUGUAAAAGAUUUAUUUUGAUAGCUUAAAAGGUUCCUGUCUUGUCAUUGAGUUAGUCAUGUUUCUUUUUCUUGGGAGAUACUACAGAGCAGGGAAGUUCUUGAAAUGAUAUGUGAGUUAUAUAAUAACUAUUUCCAUUGUCAACUAUCAAGUUCCCCUUCAGAGAUUCUUGGAGUAGGAGUAUUUUGGAAGAGCAGAUAAGCUCCUGGACUCUGUGCCUAGAUAAAGCAGCAGAGGCUUUUGAUUCUCAUGAAGACUGACUAUUGUAGAACCUCUGGUGACUGGUUCCUCAUCCUGUGUCAACAUUGCUUCAAAGUCUGCCUAAUACAGUUAUGCUGUAUUAUCUCUUUUUCUCUUUUUUUUUUUAAAUCCAUGUAACUAAUUUGUCAUUGUUGAAACUGCAGCUUGAUUUUGUAAAACAGGUGUAAUAAAAUUAUCUUGGGUUUUUGAUAGAGGUUUCUUAGCACUCAUACAACAAGUUUUAGUUAGGUAGUGCUCAUUCUGAUUGUUCACCAAGCUUGCAUUGCUUACUUGAAAAAAAGUGACAAAUAUUUGCAGAAGAGAUGCUCUACCCAGUGAUUAUAAUUUGCUGUUAGAUCUCCCAGUUGUCCUGGUAUGCUUCUCUUGUGAAAUGGUACAGUGAGCUGAACACACUUUCUGUAACUUCUGUUAUUUCUUCUACUUCUACCAUGUCAUGUAGAAUAUUAGUAAUGAAUAACAUGUACAGAAUGUCAGCAUAUCAGCACACUGAGCUACACUGCUGGUACAAAUGUUGGCUGUGUACUUAAUGCCAGCAUUCCGUCACAUUAGUCUUUGAUUAGUCUGAUGUGGUUAUUCCUUAUGACUGUCUGCUUGCUUGUUUAUUCCAGUUUAGAUUUGUUAGAAUCUAGAUUAAAUGAUAAUUUGUUGAUGGAAUAUGAGAAAUGUUUUGUAGGACAGCUAGGGUUACUGUAGCUAUACAGUUUUGCAGUGUUACUUUCUUUCCCCAUUCCAGAGAACUUCAGGCGCAGGAAACUUUACAGAAUGGGCAGCUAGGAUGUGGUGAAGGCAUUCCAGAUCUGCAACCAGGGAAUUUAGCAAGUCAAGCAAUGAUUGAGAAGAUCCUUAGUGAAGAUCCAAGAUGGCAGGACACAAAUUUUGUGCUAGCUGGCUACAAGACAGAGCAGUGCACAAAGCCACCCAGGCUGUGCCGCCAGGGCUACGCGUGUCCGCAUUUCCACAACAGCCGCGACAGGAGACGGAAUCCCAGGACGUUCAAAUACAGGUCUACUCCUUGCCCCAGUGUAAAACAUGCAGAUGAAUGGGGUGAACCUUCAAGGUGUGAAAGUGGGGAUAGCUGCCAAUACUGUCAUUCUCGUACAGAGCAGCAGUUUCAUCCCGAGAUAUACAAGUCUACAAAGUGCAAUGAUAUGCGCCAGACGGGUUACUGCCCUCGGGGCCCGUUCUGUGCAUUUGCACAUGGUGAAAUCAAACCAGGUGCUCACCUGUUCUCAACAGACAGCCUAGGAAUCACAAAUGAAUGGAGCAGCAGCGUUAAUGCCACAAACAGUGUUACAAGUAACAGUGGGCAGUCUGGAAACAUUUCCUGUUCUUCAAGUCCACCUGUAACAUCAAGUUCUGGUAGCAGUAGUUCUUUGUCACCCCUUGGACCUCUUUGUAGACAGAGAUCAUUAGCAAAUGGUGUUUUGUGUUCUGAGUCCAGCACUUCAGGUGUUUCUUCACCAACAUCCAGCUAUCCUAAAGCACCAGGUUUUGAACGAGAAGAUCAGGCAAAGCAGCGAAGCUUCUCAGCUGAGAAUCAGCAGAAAAAAAAUGAACAGGACAACAAGCAGAACCAUCUCAGUGUUUUUUCAGUGGUUAACCCACUUGCUUCAAGUAUUACUUCCAGUCUGGCCUCCAGUGUUGGAUCAGAUAGUUCAUCUCCUACAACUGUCUCUAUUAUCAGUACCCAAACUCUCCCAUUCUAUUCUGCUGGUAACACAGUUGAAUCAGUUAUAGGUUCAGCUCUAGAUAUACAUUUCAACGGUGUGAAUGUGGCAUCCAUCAGUAGGGAGUUGGAAGAUCAAGAAGGCAGUGACCUUGGAUUAGCAAGUAAAAGAUUACUGGAAAGUUCAGCACCUGUCAAUAUUCCAGGUUCUCUUGUUCGUUCCUCCUCUCUACAUUCAUCAUCAUCCCUUUCAACCUCUCCACUCAAUUCUCUUUCACAAUCACUUUCUCAGUCUUUUGUUUCAUCCGCUAUGGUCCCUCACCAACAGCAGCCUCAGCCUUUGAAAUCAGAACAGAAUAUAUUGGGCACCUCUGCCUCUUCUCACAACUCGUUAGGUUUAAAUGGUGUUACAGGGAGCAUGUGGGACUUUGUAACUGGGAAUUUCUCUCCCAGCCCAUCCCCCGUUCUGAGCAGUGGCACUGCCCCCUCAGUGAGUUCAAACAGCAGUGGGAACGAACUGACUCGAGUUAGACAGGAACUUGAUGAUGCCAAGAGAAAACUGAAACAAUGGGAAGAAUCUUGGCAACAAGUAAAACAGGCAUGUGAUGCAUGGCAGAAAGAGGCUCAAGAAGCAAAUGAGCGUGCUGAUGUUGCAUCUGCUGACAAACAACUCGCUCUUCAGAAGAAGGAAGCAGUGGAAAAUAAAUUAAAAAAGCUGAAGGUGCAAUUAGCUGCUUGCCUGUCUACUGCAUUACCUUACAUGGAAAACUAUGGAGACAUAGAAAAAAUCUCCUUGCCAAAGCUUCGCUCCUUACAAAGCCGGCUGCACUUAGAUUUAGGAACAAUAGAUGAGGUGAUUUUUCAGCUUCAGUCAAAGAAGUGUAUAGUAUGUCAAGAAGGUGAUGGUAGCACCGUCCUGAAUCCAUGUCAACAUUACAUACUUUGUGAUCACUGUGCAGCUAAGCAAGAAGAAUGUCCCUGCUGCAAGAAAAAAAGUAAUCUGUGGUAACAUACAGGCAUGGUACUCAUAUCAUGUUAAUGAAUGAAAUAUAUUUUAUGCUUUUGUAUUUUGUAUAAGAAUUAUAUAAAUCACUGAUAAUUAAUCCAUUUAAUAGCGUUAGACUGAUUUCGGUUUUGAUGUGAGAAAACUCAGUUGCUUUCCUUGCUCACCUUUACAUAUCAAUAUCAGCCAUUCAGUCAGCUUCCAGUAGUCUCAAGGUUCUUUCAUUCCAGCCCAGUCCCACCCCAGUCUUUUCCAACUCCCACUCUCAUUCCAAGUGCACAAGGUACUUCACAGGUUCAUUUGCACUGCAGUGUUUUGUACAAAUCUUAGCAGGAUGAAUGAAAGCACUCACAGCUGUUGCUGUCGUCAGCAGAGGUGGAUACACAGGUGCACUAAGCAGGCACUGAGAGCAAGGCCCAGCCAGUCUGCUCUGUGUGCUGUGCUGAGCCAUGCUGGGAAUCGGUCUAACGCUACGUUUACUUUGCUGUUUGAAAAACUAUGAUUACUAUAAAAGCACUUUUUAAUUAUUUUUUGUUGUUGUUGUUGGAGGAUAUAUUGUAAAUUGCUUUAAGCUGCUUUCUUGGUCUUAAGCUUAUUUUUUAAUACACAAUAAUAUGAUGCUUUAUAUGUGUACUGUGAAUUUCAAAUAUUUCAUAGGUUUUACUGUUAAAUCAUAAGAAGAUUAAAUAGACGUGAGAACUUACCUAGAUUUUUUACACUUUGUAAGUUAACUGCAUACUGCGAUAUUUAUAAAUGUACCAGUGGGAAGAAGAACAGUAAGGCACAUCUGCUCUCAUAUUUAAGGACAUGUUUUAAAUUCUGUGGAGCGGAUCACUUUGAGUACAGUGCUGUGCAUUUGCCUAUUUCUCUUGGUUUCCAUAUUUGUAGUCUUAAACUUUUUGUACCUUAUCUAACUUGUGUGGUACUUGUUGGGAGCAGACACGUGUAAUAACUUUUACCAAGUGCCUAUGCCAAAUACCCUACAAAAUAGCAGAAGGCAUAAAAAGAGGAUUUUGCAGUUAAUUCUAUUGCUUAGUUUUGUGUCAUACAAUAUGAUGAUAAUGAGAAUAUGUCUCCUGCUUUUGUAAGUAUUUUGAAGUAAAUGUUUUCACUAAUGAGGCAACACGUGAAAGGAGCUGCGAAAUGACUUUGAUUUGUCACCAGGCAGUGGCACUUUGACGUACUGAUUCUUCUAAAAGGCGGUAAUGUACUUCAUCCUGGUUGUUGGGAAUGUGCAAUUUAGGAGAGGUUAAUUAAUCCUUGAUGUUCACACUGUCCGUGUUCAGGUUAACUGCCCGUGUUACUCCUUCUUUUGUUAAAUCCACGUGAGAUGCUCGUACAGCUUACACUAAAUGACCUCCUACUGUGUUACAUGGUUUGUAUCUCUGUAUCGAUGUAUUCAGUACAAGAAGUGAGCUCACAGGCAGAGAAGUUAAUCUAUUUAAAGUUCUUUCAUGUUGAAUCAAAAAGCAAAGUGUGUACUGAAAUCUUUAUUGUUGAAAAGGAGCUUAAACGAAGGUGUCCUUGUGGGGUUUUGUGGUCGUUAUCUGAAGACGUGAGUCAGCAAAGAACCGAACUACGGCGCAUCUCUGUGAUAACUCAAUGUGCGCUGCUGCAUCCUAAGGCAGGAAAGGGGAGAGUUUGCAGGAAUGUGAGAGACCUUUCAAAAAGGGAAGGGAAGUUACAAGCAUUAAAUAUAUUUUUACUUAUUCCUAUUUCAGAAACUUCUUGAAGAUCAUAGCGGUCCAUUUUAAAUAAAGAUCAAAGUUGGGUUUAAAAUGUGA